UUUGUGAGAAUAAUUAAAAAAUAACGACGUUUCCUUCUUAUCAGAACAGAAUACUAUAAAAGCACAUAAUUUCCGGAAACUUCUAACCGAAUACUUCCAACAACUUUUCUUGUUCUCUUCAUUUCGCGUGCUGUUUUCUCGACUAUUUUCCCAAGCUGGUUCUCUUCGAUUUUAUUGAGCAUCUGAGGGAUCGGUGUUAUAAUUGGUGGUACUCUGUUGAAACUGCUUCUAGUUCCGAUCCGGACUGUUCAACAAUGCUGUCGCCUUCGUUUGAAUGUGUCUCGGUCAAUUCCCAACCAACAGAACGGGCAAAUUCAACCUACAUUCAACCUCAACCAACAGCGCUCGCAGAAUACGUUAUUGGCGGCUUUCAACCCAACGCUGUGAGGGAGUAUGAAGUGUCUGAGUAUGUGGUGGGGCAAGCUGGGAAUAAUACGAAUAACGACAACACAGGAACGGCAACAGCGGUCACAGAAAGCACAACAGCGGUUACAACAACAACAGCUGUGGCGUUAGCUAUUCCGGCGCCUUCAACCAACAAGCCUUCAACAAGUAAUGCAACAACUUCGAGCAGUACCAGACAUGGACAUCGAUCAACUUCGGCACAUCCUCAUCGCCAUUCUCACCGCCAUUCUUCUCAUCGCCGUUCAAGAUCAGCAGAAGCUCAUAAUGCUUCAAUAUUCUCAACAGCAGAACUAGCCGUAGAAAGUGAAGAAGAACAUGAGGAAUUGGCCAGACAGGCGGUUAUGGUUUUUCCGGAAGUGCCUCCAUUUUUGCGUUGUUACUCCAUGGAAAAACACCCAAAAUUGAGUCGUUCUGCAAUUCGGGAUGCUGUAUAUGGUGGAAAGGUAAGGAAAACAGGGAGAACUCGAGAUUUCGAGUUUCGUGAUUUUUCGAAAUUUCGAGUUUCGUAG